GCCAAUUUCCCGAGAGGAUGGAUCGAAGAAAAUCGAUGCGAUGCAAGAGCGUUACCGAAGAGACCCCCAUCGAUGAGAAUAUCUAUAAGAAAAUGCUGGCAUCAAUGAUGAAUGAUCCCAGUAAAAAAGCUAUAUUGAAAAAGCUCAUGAAGGCUGACAAGGAUGCUGUGGAAAAGUAUAAGCAGGCUACGACAAGCAGUCCAUUGAACAAAGUCAAGAGUAAGUACACUGUAGAGAGUCCCACAGCUCAGUUCCGGAGAAGAUUACUGGAAAAUAAUGGGAGAUCUGAGAGUGCAACAAGUUCAGAGAAGUCAGCUGAUCUUCCUACACUUCCCUUUAACAAACUGCUGGAUGGGGUCAAAGCUUAUGUAGAGAUUAGGAACAACAAGGAGGAUAGAUCUGUUGGUGUAAAGGCUCUGAUGGAAAGUAUGGGGGCAGAGAUCAUGAGCAGAUUGUCCAGCCAAACAACACAUGUGAUAUACAAAGAGGGAUCUUAUGAAACUUAUCGUAGAGCAAAAGCAAUGAACAAACAUGUAGUUUCUGUAUUGUGGCUGCAAUCAUUGAAAGAUUUGCGAAAACGCCUUCCAGAGUCUGAUUUUCCAGCCAUUGGUGUUGUCUCCAGUAACACAACUGAUAUAUGUGAGUACAUAAAUUCGAAUUACGCUGAUAUUAUAAAAAAGGAACAGAACAAAGUGGUGACUGAACCUAAGAAGAAAAGAAGCAAAUCCGUGUCAGCAAGCAGCAGCAGAUCUGUGAAAUCGUCAGAAAGUAAAAAAUCGAGCAGCACUAAAUUGCCCGAAUCAUCCGACAACAGCAGUUGUGUCUUGGACGAUAGCAAUUCCGUUGUUCCCGAUACAUCUAAAAUAUCUUCAAUUUCUGGGGACAGUGUGAUAUGCGAAACUCCGAGUCCGAGUGUGAAGAAUAGAAGGAGAACGAGAAUGUUGUACACCGAUAAUAUAAGUAAACUGAUCGAGGAGAGUCGUCCGAAGUCGACGUCGAAGAUAUCGAGAACGCAGAGCGUCUGCGUUUCAUCGGCAAAGAAGUUGUGCAGACAAACACUAUUUGAUUUAUCCAAUAAAUCUGCAGACUCAGAUACGGAUCAGCUCUCAAAGGGUUCGAGCCAGUCGCUGGAGAUUGGCAAGUUCGUCACUCAACGCCGGAAGACCAGAUACAGCAGCUUCCAAAAGGACGAUAGUUUGAAGAAUCUCUCUAACGGUACGACAUCUUUGACCAGCGAUUGUUCCUCGACGGAUCUGUCUACAGAAUCGAAACAUAAUACGCACAGCACUGAUGAACUUGUUCCUUCCUUGGAGGUUUCAUCAAAUAGUACAGACCGUGAUAUGUCCGAGGUUGAGAGGAAAAUGUUGUCGAUGGCGUUGAAGAACGAAAUUAAGGAAGAGUACCAUGGGGUGACAUACAGUAACGACGAUUCUCUGUCAUUGAAAGUGUCAAUUGAUAGUGAUCGUGAACCGUUCUCCUUGAGCGCCAUCGAUAAUUUCUCUUUGCGCGUCUCGGGCAACGACAAUGAGUUGGAGGCGGCCGCCCUUCAGAAGAAAGAAUUUCAGGAUAGCACCGCCGAGUCGUUAUCGUUGAAAGUGUCCAGCGCGAAUAACCUGUCCACGUUUGGAAAUUCAUCUUUGUCCUUCGAGUUGGCCGAAGAGAUUAGCCAAGCCUUGUGCAUUAUUAAUAAAGAUUUGGAGGAUGAUCUGUCGCAGAAAAGUGAGUGCGAUGUUCAGUCGGAUUGUCCGGAAAACAAUGCGGCGAGCAACAAUGAUUCUGCAGAAGGAGAAUCGAGCAAUGAUCGCGAUAACCAAGUGGAAAAACCACGUUCUCCUCCAGUCAGGAAAUCGAUAAGGAUAAAGAAACUUCAGGAAGAUUGUGCGAACGGCGAGAAUGGGUCCUCGCAAAACGGAAAUGUAGUUAAGAAGCGGAGACGCAAACUCUAUAAUCCGGACGGUACAUUGAAACAGUACUUCAAUGAUAUCGAACCGGAAAUUAGAAAAGUGCUACCAAAGAACAAGAACGCGUCCGUGACGUUCAAGAAACCUGAACCGGUCGAUUUGAUCCCAAUUAUUUUGACGCAGAACGCCGCCGCUAAAUUGGCGAUGGAAUCUGGAAAGUCUUGCAGCGAGGAUGAGAAUGCAGCGAUGAGCGCGGACGAAUCGCUACCGAUUAAGCCGAUACUGAACAGGAGGAGUACGAUGGAUUUUGUUCAGGUUCAGAAGUUGCCGAAGACUCGCAGGAACGUGCAGUCGGUUAAUAAACCGACGAUAGUAUGUUCUCGUUUUCAUAGGAACGAGGUCGCGGAGUUCAAGGGAAUUGUGGAGAGGAUGGGCGGAUUUACCGUGGAGAACACUGUAAGCAAAAACACCACGCAUCUGGUGUUGGGAGAUUGCAGUCGGACUAUCAACGUUGUCAAGGGGAUGGCACGGGGGAUUUGGAUACUGAAAUCUGAUUGGUUGCAUUCUUCGUUGGAGCGCGGCAGAUGGUUACCCGAGGAGUCCUUCGAGUAUCUGGAGCUGAAUAAGAAUAUACAAAUUUGCAGAAGAGAACGUGAAGCGUUUGGCAGCAGUUACUCGAUGGACAUCUUCAUGGACUGCGGUGAGAUCUUUGUGAGCAAUUCAACGAAUCCUAGUAGUCAGCAACUGAAGGAACUCAUCAGGUUGUGCAAGGGUGUGGUGUUAAAUUGCAGAAGAAACGCGAAGAUAAUCGUGGGUGCUGUUGUGGGUGUACACAACGAGAACGCGUUGUGUGUGCGCGAGACGUGGGUACUGGACAGCAUCUAUCAAAACUGCUGCAAGAAUCCAGCCCUUUACGCCAUUCCAUCAGUCGACAACGAAUAAACAUCGUACAUUGACAAUGAGCGUAUUUGCGUAUGCUAAUAAUGUACAUUAAUAAUAUGAAUUAUUUUUGCUUUCUGUUGCUUUUUUUUUAAAUGAGUUCGUUUUCUU